CUUGAAGAAUAUGCGAGAGAGACGGCAGGCAAGCUGACAUUGUCCGGAGACAGUCUCGGUAAUCCCGUAAAGAAAGACCGUUUUCACGGCCCCACUCCAAAAACGGUGGGAAAGGGUGGCUCCGUAUAUGUUCAUAGCCCGUUCUGAGUACCUAAGGUAGCUCGAUAUUGCAUAUUACGAAGAGGUACUUGAGAAGGCUUGAAAAGGAAGGACAAACUCCCCUUCCCCAUGCCCCACCAGUGUGGAACGUCACUACGAGCGGGACCUAGGUAAAGCUGUUAGUUACUAAGUUACUUAAUGUAUUAAACUUUCUUGGACCUGAUUCAGAAUUUCCAAUUAAAUUAAAUUCCCAAUAAAACCCGGAGCUUUCAUUCUCGGGCGCGUCUCGCGCGUUAAAAAAAAACUUGGAACUAAUCAUCAUGACUGAACCAACUCGAGAUUCAUGUCCGCCUCCUCGCCCCGCCAAUCCCAUGAACCGUCCGAUAUAACAUGUAUCGCGCCGGAGCCCUUCGAACCUAUUCCCCUUAUCGCCGAUAUCGUGCGUACCGGAUAUUGCAUUCCGGGCUCGAUAUUUUUGGUUGAGGGCGUCGAUUCGGUCCAUACGUCCAGAUCCAAAAGAUGGCGCACCGUACGUCUGUUGCUAGGAGACGGGGAGCUAUGUAUCCAGGCGCUGCUAUCGGCCGAGAUGCAUAGAUACGUAGACCAAGGGGAAGUUGCUUUUGGUUCGUACGUUAAGCUGGAACGAUUCCGAGUCGAGUGGAGGAACCUUGGUAACGGAACUGACGGGGACUCGUCAACUACCAAGGGAAAGGAGAAGGCGAGUGGUGACCACGGCAAUGGUAACAGCAUGGUCUACUUAGUCGUCGAUGACAUCGCGCUUGUCGGGUGGAACAAUACUCUCGUCGACACCGCGCCAGUCGAAAGCACCGAUACAGGCACUGAAGUGUCACAAGACCAAGCUAAGGACAAAGCCCCGGCUUCGAUCACAACCAAGCCAGUCCCAGGCAAUCAUAAAACACAACCUUCCGAUAGUGGCGUUGGCCUCUUGGAGAAACUAGCUGACGCGGAUGACGAUUUUGAAGUCAUGCCGAACGCUGCUUCGAAGGCAACCCAGAACAGGAUAGACCUCGCCGGGAAAUCCAAGGGCGGAAACAAUCUCCCCUGGCUGAGCAACGACCCAGGCAAACCCCUGAAGCUCACCAAGCUACGCUCGAUCCCGAAUCUACCGUAUAAGCAAAACUGGAGCGUCAACGUGCUAGCCGUAGUUUCGGCAAUAUCGGGCCUCGAGCCUUCGGGACUACCCCCGUAUAGUCAGCGACAGGCCAGACUCGCCGACCCGUCUACCGAUAAGCACGUGCUCCUGACGGUAUUUCUUGACCCGGAGCAGUUUAUGCCGGCGGUGGGGAGCGUUGUGUUGCUGCUAGGUGUCAAGAACCACCGCUUUGACGGCGGUAGCUUGAAGAAGUACGAGAGCGACCGCCCGGCGGCCGGGAAUAGCUGGUGGUACGAGAAUCCGACGCAGUUCGAGUGGUGCGAUGUCGAGGGGCUGAGGCGGUGGUGGGCUGAGAGUCAGAUUUGCUAAUAAUACAUAAGUCUUUAGAGCAUUAGGUAGGCAACUAGGAAGAGGCUGGCCAGAUUAGCACCCGAUAGACGCGCAUGGGUGGGAUAGCAAGCAACUUAGGAACGCCGACUGCCGUUAUCACAUACUGUAACUUCUUAUGCAUCACUUCGAUUAGUGAAUGGACCCGAGGCAGGUAAUGAUAGUAUAUUAUCCAGGAUAUUUGGUCGCUAUACAAAUAAACACGUGCUACAUCCUUGGGGAUCAUACUUCGCUAAUAAUAACCCAUUAGCAGCA